AACCAAUAAUCAUUCCGAAUUUAUAGUAUAUGAAUAAUAAUGGAUUUAUUCCUUAGGUUUAAUUUCCUUAUGGUGGUUUUAUUCAAAAUAGUAUUAAUAUAAAUUAAAAUAUUUAAUAAAUAAAUCCAACUGUAGGUUAUAAUACAAAUAAUAAUCUUUAUUAAAAUCUAUAAUAUACGAAUUAAAACAAUUAAUAAUAAAACCAUAAUUACAAAUAAAAAUAAUAAUAAUAAUAAAAAGUUAAUAAUCCAUAAAAUCCAAUUAUUGUAGAUGAAAAUAGUUUAGAUGAUACACUUUAAUAAGCUUGUGAAAAAGGAAAAUUAGAGUUUAUUAAAGUUUUGGAAUAAUAAAUAGAGGAAUUUAUAAAAACAGAAGAAAAUUAAAGAGUAUUUUAUGAGUUAGACACAUUUGAAAGAAAAAUAUUUCAUAAAAUUUGUGAAAGAUAUGGUUUAAUAAGACCAAAUGUGCAAAAAUUAGAAAAUGGAAAAGGAAACAUUUAAAUAUAAAAAACAGAAAUUACAGCUAUACCUAAAAUAAAAGUGGAAGAUUUGUUUAUUUAAUUAUAAGAAAAUAAUCAAAAUGAUGAAUAAAAUAAUAAUAAAAAACAUAAACAAGCCUAAUAAAUAAUAAAAAUAUUAAAUAAGCAAAACUAAAAUAACUAAAAAUAACCAGAGUAAAAUGAUGAAUAAUAUCAGUAAUAAUAAUAAUCUUAAUAAAAAAUAGAUAAUAAUGGGCAAUAAGAUAUAUAAUCAAAUGAAAAUAAUAAUGAAUAAGAAUUAUAAUAAGAAGAAAAAAGAAAAUAAUACGAUAAUAAAAAAAUGA